AUGCAAAAUGCGAGAAUCCCCCACUCAAGUCAAACUCAGGAACAAGACUGUUUGCAAAGUCAGUAUGUCAGUGAUAGACAAGAAAUGACAAGCAAGCAAGAGAAUGAUGACAAUGCAGAGGUGGAGGAAAGCCUCCCCUCUUGUUCCUCUGUUAAUGGACCAUCCACUUCUGCUGAGGGGUGUUCAUCGGAAGUUCCGAGAAGAGGGCCGGCCCUGCUGCACAUCGACAGACAUCAGAUACAGACGGUGGAGCCGAGUGCGCAGGCCCUUGAACUGCAGGGGUUGGGUGUGGAUGUGUACGACCAGGACGUGCUGGAACAGGGUGUGCUUCGGCAAGUGGACAGCGCCAUUCAUGAGGCCAGCCGUGCGGCCCAGCUUGCAGAUGCGGAGAAGGAGUAUCGAUCAGUCCUGGAUGACCUCACGUCAUGUACAACAUCCCUACAGCAAAUCAAUAAAAUUAUUGAACAACUUAGCCCUCAAGCUGCUACCAACAGAGACAUCAACAGGAAACUAGAUUCUGUAAAACGACAGAAGUAUAAUAAGGAACAACAGCUAAAGAAGAUCACAGCAAAACAAAAACGUCUCCAGGCCAUCCUUGGAGGAGCAGAGGUACAAGUUGAACUAGAUCAUGCCAGUCUGGAGGAGGAGGAUAUAGAACCGGGGCCGUCCUGUCUCGGCAGCAUGCUCAUGCCUGUCCAGGAGAUGGCUUGGGAAGAGCUCAUCCGCACGGGCCAGAUGACACCUUUUGGAACCCAGAUCCCUCAGAAACAGGAGAAAAAGCCUAGAAAGCUAAUGCUCAAUGAAGCAUCAGGCUUUGAAAAGUAUUUGGCAGAUCAAGCAAAAUUGUCUUUUGAAAGGAAGAAGCAAGCUUGUAAUAAAAGAGCAGCUAGAAAAACUGCAGCCUCGGUCACUUCGGAACUGAGCGCAACACUCCCUGAAAACAAACCAAAUGAGCGAAGCAAAGUUCUCUCAAAAACAGAUAAGCGCUUGAAAAAACACAUGAAGCAGCUCCAGAAAAGGGCUCUUCAUUUCCAGGGGAAAGUGGGCUUGCCGAAAGGAAAGAAACCUUUGGAGCCUGACAUGAGGCCGAAGGCGGAGGGUGACUCCGAGGGUGACGAGUCCGAGUACUUACCCACGGAGGAGGAGCUGGAGGGGGCGGGGGGUGCCGAGCUGCUGGGAGAGGGCACGGACUAUGACCUGAAGCCCAGGCUCACGCCCCGGAAACGGCAGAGAAAAGUCACGGUGCAGGAGAUCGAGGAUGACUUUUUUCCAAGUUCUGGGGAGGAAGCAGAAGCCGCCUGUGGAGGAGGAGGUCGGAAAGUAGUGAGAUGCCGAGAUGAUGGAGAUGAAGAUUAUUAUAAGCAGCGGUUAAGGAGAUGGAAUAAGCUGAGGCUGCGGGACAAAGAGAAGUGUCUGAAGCUCGAAGACGAUUCUGAGGAGAGCGAUGCGGAGUUCGAUGAUUUUAAAAUGCCGGGUUUUCUGUUCAAAAAGCUUUUUAAGUACCAGCAGACAGGUGUUAGGUGGCUGUGGGAAUUGCACUGCCAGCAGGCCGGAGGAAUUCUGGGAGACGAAAUGGGAUUGGGCAAGACCAUCCAGAUAAUUGCCUUCUUGGCAGGUCUGAGCUACAGCAAGAUCAGGACUCGUGGUUCAAAUUACAGGUUCAAGGGGUUGGGUCCGACUAUAAUUGUCUGUCCAACGACAGUGAUGCAUCAGUGGGUGAAGGAAUUUCAUACAUGGUGGCCUCCAUUCAGAGUGGCAAUUCUACAUGAAACCGGCUCCUAUACUCAAAAAAAGGAGAAACUAAUUCGAGAUAUUGCUCAUUGUCAUGGCAUUUUGAUCACUUCUUACUCCUACAUUCGGCUGAUGCAGGAUGACAUUAGCAGACAUGACUGGCACUAUGUGAUCUUGGACGAGGGGCACAAAAUUCGAAAUCCAAACGCUGCUGUCACCCUUGCUUGCAAACAGUUCCGCACCCCUCAUCGCAUCAUCUUGUCUGGCUCACCGAUGCAAAAUAACCUCCGGGAGCUAUGGUCGCUCUUUGACUUCAUCUUCCCAGGAAAGUUAGGCACAUUGCCCGUGUUCAUGGAGCAGUUCUCGGUCCCCAUCACCAUGGGGGGAUAUUCAAAUGCCUCCCCGGUGCAGGUUAAAACAGCUUAUAAAUGUGCGUGUGUCUUACGAGAUACCAUAAAUCCAUACCUGCUGCGGAGAAUGAAGUCAGAUGUCAAAAUGAGCCUUUCUUUGCCAGAUAAAAAUGAACAGGUCUUAUUCUGCCGUCUUACAGAGGAACAACAUAAAGUCUACCAAAAUUUUAUCGAUUCCAAAGAAGUUUACAGAAUUCUCAAUGGAGAUAUGCAGAUUUUCUCUGGACUUGUAGCCCUAAGAAAAAUCUGCAACCACCCUGAUCUCUUUUCUGGAGGCCCAAAGAAUCCUAAAGGUAUUCCAGAUGAUGAACUAGAAGAAGAUCAGUUUGGAUACUGGAAACGCUCUGGGAAAAUGAUAGUAGUUGAGUCCUUGUUGAAAAUAUGGCACAGGCAGGGUCAACGAGUAUUGCUGUUUUCUCAGUCAAGACAAAUGUUGGACAUACUUGAAGUAUUCCUUAGAGCUCAAAAGUAUUCUUACCUCAAGAUGGAUGGUACCACUGCAAUAGCUUCAAGACAACCACUGAUUACAAGAUAUAAUGAGGACACAUCCAUAUUUGUGUUUCUUCUGACCACUCGGGUGGGCGGCAUAGGAGUCAACCUGACGGGGGCAAACAGAGUCAUCAUCUAUGAUCCUGACUGGAACCCAAGCACAGACACACAGGCCCGGGAGCGCGCAUGGAGGAUAGGCCAGAGGAAGCAAGUGACGGUGUACAGGCUGCUGACUGCGGGCACCAUUGAAGAAAAGAUUUACCACCGACAAAUUUUCAAACAGUUUCUGACAAACAGAGUGCUGAAAGAUCCGAAGCAAAGGCGAUUUUUCAAGUCCAAUGAUCUUUAUGAGCUGUUCACUCUGACGAGUCCUGACGCAUCCCAGAGUACUGAAACAAGUGCUAUUUUUGCAGGAACUGGCUCAGAAGUUCAGGCUCCCAAGCUCCAUUUAAAAAGAAAACUUCCGCCGGCUUUUGGAGCAGACCAUAAUGUUCCAAUAUGCAAAAAGUUUCCUGAUUCUAAUGUAUCCACAAACGAGGCCACAUCAUCUGAAGAGAAAUCUACAGCUACAGGAGCUGAAGUGAAUGCGGUAACUUCUGAUCCAUGUGAUCCUUUGAAAGAUGCCCCCCAGCCCCCUAGGACUCCACCUGGCAGUGACGGGCUUAGAGAAGACAUGAACACAGUGUCUAGACUAGAGGAAUCAUCCGUGAUUAGUGGACAUGGGGAUUGUUCAGAUUCUCUGAGAAUCAGCAAAAUGGAUGGGCUGUCUAGUGAGGAAAGCAUCAAUGAAAAGCAGGGUCUUCCCGACAGAAGAGAAAGCUGCCAGGCUCAGAUAGAGCCUCUUUGGGAGAAUAAGCCAUCGGAAAGUAAUUUUUCUAAGCACAAGUCAAAAACGAAACAUAGUGCACUGGAAGAAGAGCCCUUGGAGCAGCAUCGAAGGCCAACACAGAAGCCGAAGAGCCCUAAGCAUCCCAGAGAUGCCAAGUUUGAAGGAACUCGAGUUCCACACCUCGUGAAGAAAAGGCGGUACCGGAAGCGGGACAGUGAAAACGAGAGUGAGACCAGUGAACAGAGCAAUGAUGAUUAUGUCUUGGAAAAGCUUUUCAAAAAGUCAGUCGGUGUGCACAGUGUCAUGAAACACGAUGCCAUCAUGGAUGGAGCCAAUCCGGAUUAUGUGCUGGUGGAGGCCGAGGCCAACCGGGUGGCCCAGGAUGCCCUGAAAGCACUGAGGCUCUCCCGCCAGCAGUGUCUGGGAGCGGCGUCUGGUGUUCCCACCUGGACGGGCCACCGGGGGGUUUCUGGUGCACCAGCAGGGACAAAGAGUAGAUUUGGUCAGAAAAGGAAUUCCAGCUUCUCUGUGCAGCAUCCUUCUUCAACAUCUUCAAAGGAGAAAUGCCAGGAUGGUGUCACAAGAAAGGAUGGAAAGGAUAAUGCUUCUGAGCACUUCAGUGGAAAAGUGGAAGAUGCAGAGUCUUCACCCGGGUCCCUCUCUUCGUCUUUACUGUUGGCUAAAAUGAGAGCUAGGAACCACCUGAUUCUGCCAGAGCGGCUGGAAAGUGAAAAUGCGCACCAAGAGGCAUCUGCUCCACCAUCCUCCACCACCGAACAUGAUGACCUACUGGUGGAAAUGAGAAACUUCAUUGCUUUUCAGGCCCGUGUUGAUGGCCAGGCCAGCACUCGCGAGAUACUGCAGGAGUUCGAAUCCAAGUUAUCAGCCUCACAGUCUUGUGUCUUUCGAGAACUGUUGCGAAAUCUUUGCACUUUUCAUAGGACUUCUAGUGGUGAAGGAAUAUGGAAACUUAAGCCAGAAUACUGCUGA